AUGGCAUACGAGGUGGUUCCGCUGGGGGAUUUCUCCAAGGAGUUUGGGUCGACGACAGAAUUAUCAAGUGUAUCUAUAGGAGGACAAGUAGUGCAUGUUUCUGAUGAAUUCUUUGCUGAGGCAUACCAACUCCUGUUGGUCGAGCCGCCCGUAAGCCUUGCUAAGCAGUAUGGACCGAACGGGGAGCUAUAUAGCGGAUGGGAAACACGACGACACAACCCAACGUAUGACUGGUGUACCAUCAAACUGGGAACGACAGGGAUAAUCACUGGUUUUGACAUCGAUACAACUCACUUCAAUGGCAAUGAGGCACCAGAGGCUUCUGUUGACGCUGCGUACGAAUUUCCAAACGAAGGAACAACGUGGAAAGGCAUCCUUCCUAAAGUACGCCUGGGGCCAUCACGCCGACAUCUUUACAAGAUACCUGCAACAGGACAGGCUACUUAUGUUAGACUUAGAAUUUAUCCAGAUGGAGGGAUCGCCCGCUUUCGCGUUUAUGGACAUGUCGUGCCCGUAAUUCCUGCAAAUCCUGUAGAACCUUUUGAUCUUGCUCAUAUCUUUACGGGCGGUAAGGUCGUCGCUACAUCCGAUGACCAUUUUGGGUCAAGCUCAAAUCUUCUUCUUCCGGGGCGAGGGAAAGAUAUGGGGGAUGGAUGGGAAACCAAAAGGAGUCAUACAAAAGAUCACCAUGACUGGGUCACUAUCAAACUGGGUGCUCCAGGAUACUUGUCAACAGCAGUCAUCGAUACCAUCCACUUCAAAGGCAACUUUCCAGAGAGUUGCGAUAUUCGGGGCAUAAACAGUCAAGACACUGCACCAGAUGCAAAUGGCGACGACUGGAAUAUAAUUUUAUCGCCCGUUAAAUUGGGCCCCCACCGCAUGCGUUUCUUUCGGUUGGGCAGCCCAUACGAGCAGUACACACACGUCAAGAUAUCAAUUUACCCUGACGGCGGCAUCAAGCGGAUCAGGAUCAUAGGCACGAUGACGGCAAAGUAUGAGGCAGACAUGACGGAAAUAACAACACAGACGGACGAACAACACCAGACCACUCCGAUUAUUGUUGAGGAGGGUUGGGAGGUUAUUGAAGAUUGA